CAUGAUGCGGCUGCUGAACUCAAUCCAGCCGCCGCCCGGGAUGACCCGCCAGCAGCGGCUCGAGCAGAUGAUUCAGACCGGCGAGCUCAAGGACGAGGACAUCCUCCUGCUCAAGCGACACCAGCAGAUGAUCAAACAACAGCAGGCCCAACUGCACGCUGCGCAGGCGGCGGGCCAACUGACGCCUCAGCAGCAGCAACAGCUUGUCCAGAAGAAGCUGGCACAGCAGCAGCAGCAGCAGCAGCAGCAGCCAUCGCAGCCGGGCCAGCGAAACUUUCUUGGUCUGAGCCAGGAACAGCUUGCCAAACUGAACCCGCAGCAGCGCAAGAUGCUUAUGAUCCAGCAGCUGCGCAGACGGGCGAAAACACAGCGAUUCUACGAGAGUAGCGAGGAAAUUCUGAAAAAAUUCGAGAGCUAUCCGGCGUCGCUGGAGUUCCACAUCCACGAGAACCACUAUCGGUUCGGCAACCAGGACGCCAUCAUCCCGAAGAGCUCGCCGACCGUGAAGGAGUUUCUGGAAUACGUGGCAAAGGGCGACAUCCCCGAGCCCCUGGUGGAGGUGAUCAAGGACGGCGGAGUGCAACUCUACGACGGGAGCCUGAUUCUGAAAGUGUUCGACCACAGAAACCUUAUCCCCAUCAAGCAAGAAAAACAGGAGCCGGGAGACGGCAAGCAGGACAAACCAGAGACGAAAACGGUGCCGAAAGAGUACCGCACCGUGCUGCGGUUCACGCAGCUGGCACAGUACGACGAUUUGUCGUACCAGGCCGACACACAGCAGUUCCACGACACUUUUGCACUGACUUUUGAGAGCGAGGUGCUCACUGCAACCAAUAGAAACAUCAAUCUGCAGCCGAUCCUGAAUCCGUACCACUAUGACAAGUCUUUGCGGCCGUACGACAUGGUGGUACCCGAAUAUGACCCGGAAUCAGAUAAAAUGAAGUUUGUGCACCGCCCCGACGCACGAGAGGUCGACCAGGACGGCCACAAAACGAGUCUCUAUCCACUAUCGUACAGAAACUACCCGUACAAGCCGCUGCAUGAGGAUCUGCCGCACACAAACUCCAAGUACGAGCAACUGAUGACGAUUCUGAGCGAGUCGUACACGCACAACAACCGUCUUUCGGAGUCGGCGAAAACAAACACCAACGAGCCGGGCCAGUUCCAGCGGCUGCGGUUCGUGGAGAUGUGGCGCCACAAGGUGGAACUGAUCAAGCAGGCAGCGAUUUCCGGCGGCAUGAACCCGAACGCGAGCGACCCGAGCAUGAACGGCCUGCUGGGCGGGAUGACGCAGCAGCAGCGCGCGCUCAUCAACCAGGAACGAAUGCUCAACCAGCGGCAGAAAGAGCAGAUGGCCUCGGCCGUGGCAGCAGCGGGGCAUCCCCACGCCAUGAAACCGGUAGACUCCAGACAAGGCUCGGCGCCGGUGCCGAACAUGAACGGCAACUUCGUGGCGCGUGGCAUUUCCACGCCGGUCCCCCACUCAAUGCCGGGAGCAGAUAUGACUCCCGGAAGAGAUAAAAAGGGAGCCAAAAAAAUACGCAAGCCAACAAAAAGACAGGCCACCGCAGGACCCGUCUCAUCACCUAGUCCGUCCAUGUACCAGCAAAUCCCGGGAGCGUACUCGCCGAUGGACGAGCCGGCACGCAAAAGACGCAUGCCCUACAAACAGCAGCCGGACAGCGGCACCCCUUCGUAAUUUAUUUCUGUUCUCCUUCUAUACAGUAUUUCAAGAUUUCGCAGAUAUAGUCUCUGUCGGCGGCGUCGAAGAUCCACAGGCCAUACGUCUGCUGGCUCAGGUCACGCACAAUGAUAAGUUUUUCUGUGUUUUCGACGAUGAUCCCGUCCUCGGGAUCGGUCAGCUGCUUGUUGCUUAUGAGUCCGAUGCUGAAAUUCUCCGGCUUCAUUCUAUUGAGCACAAUGAGUCCAAAAGUGUACAGCUGGUCGUUUUGAACAAUCUGUGACGCUGGCGUUGGACCCGACACGUCGCUCUUUCGCGAAUAUAUCGCCAACGGGCCCUGGAAGUCGAGCUUAACCCAGUCGUUCUGGUCGUGGUCAAAGCGGUAUACCACACAGUACGAGGUCAAAUGCACAAGCUGGUCAAUCAGAGGGUCAUAUUUUGCUAUCACAUUGAACGUGAGGGCCUGCUUGUAUAUUUCGAGCGUUUUCUGUUCGUCGAUCGUCUCCUCGGGGGGAGACUGUGCUUUC